CACUACUACACAGUAGAAUACAACCCUCUGCACCUCAAAUACACCGUUGUCGCCAGGUCUUGGUGUCUUGAGCAAUGCCGCAGUACUAUCACCAUGAUUCUCUGCGUGGUCUUGGGCCUGCUCGCCGUAGCUUAUGGCCAGACCUUGACGUCCAGUGCCAUCCAGAAAAUGGACAACAAUAGCUUGUUCGAACGCUGGAGGCCAUAUUCUCAUUUUGCUGCCCCAGCUGGCUGGAUGAAUGAUCCUUGUGGACCACUCUAUGACCCAAACGGCAAAUUGUAUCACAUGCAUUACCAGUGGCAUCCGAACCAUGUUGGCUGGGGAAAUAUCUCUUGGGGACAUGCCGUCUCGCGGGACAUGAUAACUUGGAGCGACGUUGACCAUUUUCCCACAGACCAAGUCCGGGCCUGGUCAGGAUAUCAGGCGCAAUCGCUGGGGACGACAAACCUGACCAGUAACCACCACACUCCUGAGAAGUACAACUUUUUGGGAAUUUUCUCUGGAACUGCUCAACCCGUCAAUCUGAGUGGCGGAGCUGAUGGCACAUUGCUGGCAUUCUACACUUCAGUAUCCCGUCUACCCACCAGCUGGGACGCAGCGUACCUCAAAGGCACCGAAAGUCAGAGUCUGGCAUAUUCAACCGAUGGAGGUAUCACUUGGACGGAGUAUAGUGGGAAUCCGGUCAUAUCUCAACCUCCAACCGGCUGGAACAUCACCGGCUUUCGAGAUCCCUUCUUCCAUGACUCGCCCGAACUCGAUGCCAUGCUGAACUACACGGAACCGCAUUACUAUGCCAUCUUUGGAUCCGGUAUUGGUGACGUCGGGCCCAGGAUCCCUCUGUACACGGCACCGUCCUCGAAUCUAACACGCUGGACCUACCUGGGAGCUCUGUGGGAGCCAAAGGGCAACACUUCGCUCGGCCGGCCAUAUGAGGUGGGCAAUUGGGGCUGGAACUUCGAGGUUCCGAACUUCUUCAACCUAGGAGGACAUUGGUUCUUCAGCGCAGGUGCCCAGGGAGCAAGCAGGAGCUAUCAUGAGCAGACAUGGGUGGUAUGGAACGAAGCAAAUGUCAGUGUCCGACCGAACGGCAGCAUUGCUUUCGAACCGCUCUCGAUGGGAGCUUCGGAUUGGGGGAAUCUUUACGCAAUCACCUCGUUCAACGACACGAAGAACAAUCGUCGUAUCCAGAUCGGUUGGGCGCCGGAAGACAUGGACAGCUUCGGGGUCGUCCAACAGGGUUACCAAGGAGCGCUGUCCAUUCCACGAGAACUCUUCGUCAUGAACACUCCCAACGUCAUGCCGCCAUCGCCCAUGCGUAACAGCAGUUCGGUGUACACCCGCCAGGGCAAUGGCACGUACAGUGCGCGAACCCUCGGUGCCCGUCCCGCUCCAGAUGUCAUCACAGGUCUGCGCGGCGGCUCGCAGGCAAUGAACCACACCGUCGGCACAUUGAGUGGGAAAGGCAAAGGUCCGAGGUCCCAAAUGCUCAUGAAAGCCAUGAAAAGCUCCUAUGAGAUCUCGUUCACGAUCAAGUCCACAUCCGGUCGAACGGGCCUUACGAUUGGCGCGGCUCCGGAUUUUCAGGAAUUCACGUCCAUUUACUACGACCCGGCCACAUCUUCAAUCGCAUGUGACAGGAAGAAGUCCUCAACCAUCAGCGAGUUCCUGAAUACCACGUACGUGGGCUUCUUCGAGCCGUACAAUGUCUCUGGGACACUCGAGCCGAUCAGGCUCGACGUCUUUGUUGACGGUUCGCUGGUUGAGAUCUUUGUCAAUGACCGCUUCGCCUUGACGAGCAGGAUAUAUCCCAGCCGUACUGACAGUACGGGGCUAGGACUAUAUGCCGCGAUGGGUGUCGAUGUCGUCUACUCGGGACCCGUGCAGGUCUGGAAUGGGUUGAAGAAUGUAUGGCCUCAACGGCCGAGGAAUUCGAGUGGUCUUUUAGUCUGGGAUACCGAUGCAGAGACCCACAAUCGGACAUGGUGGACGGGUUUCUAGGGUCUGAGCGCCGUAUCUUGAGUUGCACGUUGGG